AUGCCCUCUCGACAAGAAGUUUCGUAUUUCGGGGCUGGCCCAGCGCCCCUGCCGACCAGCGUGGUCGAAGCCGGCGCAAAAGCGUUCGUGAACUACAACGACUCCGGACUCGGACUCGGCGAGGUCUCGCAUCGCUCGCCUACCGCCAACAAGAUCCUCGACGACGCAAAGGCCAACCUGACCACCCUCCUCGAUAUCCCGGACAACUAUGAGAUCCUGUUUAUGCAAGCCGGUGGCAGCGGCGAGUUCAGCGCCGUCGUCCAAAAUCUCGUCUCUGUCUGGGUGGAGCGCCGACGCCGUCGAGCGGAGGCCGACGUGCUCAAGGCCAACCCCGGGGCCGAGAAGGCACAGGUGGAUGAAUUGGUCUUCCAGAGACUUCAGAAGGAAGUGGACGAGGAGCUGAAGCUGGACUAUCUGGUGACGGGGUCUUGGUCGCUCAAGGCGUCGCAGGAAGCCAGCCGACUUGUGGGCUCAAAAUACGUCAAUGUCGCCCUGGAUGCUCGGAAGGCCAAUAAUGGAAAGUUCGGCACGAUCCCCGCUGAGGAUAGCUGGUCGUUGACCCCGACUAAGCGUGAGGGAGGCAAGGGAUCUGCAUUCGUCUACUUUUGCGACAAUGAGACUGUGGAUGCUGUGGAGUUUCCGGGUUUCCCCAAGUCUCUGGAACCUCAGGGCCAGGAUGAAGAGGAUGAACGCCUUGUCGUGGCAGACAUGAGCUCCAACUUCCUGAGUCGCAAGGUCGAUGUCAGCAAAUACGCCGUCAUCUUUGGCGGUGCGCAGAAGAACAUUGGUGUCACUGGUAUCACCAUUGCUAUCGUUCGUAAGGACCUCCUGCCUCCUCAGACUACGACGCCGCCUCCGGCCCUCCUCCACCGACUGAACAUUGGUGGUCUUCCCGGACCGGUGGUGCUCGACUACGCAACUAUCGCUAAAAACAACUCUCUUUACAACACGCUCCCCAUAUUCAACCUCUGGGUUGCUGGUCAGGUCAUGGCCGAUCUGGUGACCGCAUUCGGUACUCAGAAGGUCAGCGGCCAGGAAAACAUCGCCAACCACAAGGCAGAGCUUAUCUACGGUGCUCUGGACAAGUACCCGCAGGUGUAUCUGGUUGUGCCCGACAAGAGUGUCCGCAGCCGCAUGAAUGUCUGCUUUCGCGUCCACGGUGGGGACGAUGCCAGGGAGAAGGAGUUCCUGUCGGGGGCAGAGAAGCAGCUCCUCCAAGGCCUUAAGGGACACCGCAGCGUGGGCGGCAUUCGAGCCAGCAACUACAAUGCUGUUCCGCUGGAAAAUGUGCAGAAGCUGGUGAAGUACCUUGAAGACUACGCCACGGGGCAGUAG